AUUCGGUGAUUUCAUCCAUCUCAUAUUUAAAAGAAGCACUGCGCCGACCGGCUUUGGGUCAAAGUUCAAAUUUUGUGAGGUUAGCGGUUGUUAGUGGCUGUCACUGACAUCUCCUGAGACUUCGAAAGAAGCCUUCCGUACAUCUGACUGAAAAAAGCGAACAAAGAGCCAGCCAUGUCGUCAACAUCACAGAAACAUCGCAACUUUGUCUCCGAGCCGAUGGGCGAGAAGGCGGUCACAGACCUUGCCGGCAUCGGCGAGGUCCUCGGCAAGCGAUUGGAACAAAAGGGCUUUGACAAGGCGUUUGUUGUCCUCGGGCAGUUCCUGGUCCUGAAGAAGAACAAGGACAUCUUUGUCGACUGGAUGAAGGACACCUGCGGUGCCAACACCAAGCAGGCAACAGACUGCUACCAAUGUUUAUACGACUGGUGCGAUGAGUUCUUGUGAAGCGUUGGACUUUUUCAACAGCGACCAGCCAACUGUAAAUACCAAGGGGACUAUCUUGGUUGUACUACUACACCUAUUGUAUAACUGAGUGGAUUUUCCCUGAGGAUUCUUUUAAAACUCUGUGUUUUAUUUUAUCAAUAAAGUAUUUUAUUCCUUGCUGCUGA